AUGUCUUCGAAUAUUUUUUACUCCUGCUCGCUGCUGCGAACCGUCACAAACGCCAUCCCUUCGGCAUGCCGAUGGAGUUCGACGUCCUCGAACUCGACGGCGUCCUUGAGCCGCUUCACCUCCCAACGAGCCCCCGUGUCACCGAGUCGUGCGCCUAACCGACGCCGGUUACCUAACCGCAUGCGAUUCCUUGAAGAUCAAAAGGCCCAAGGUGAAAGCAGAGCUCUUGAGAGAUUUCAACCCCGUGAGUGGAAGGCUGGUGAUAUCUAUUCUCCUCAUGAUCUGAGUCCUGCGGAGAUGAAGAAGUGGGGAAAGCGCCAGAGUCCUUCGCGGGAUGCUUUCGAUGCAUUGGACCUUAACCCAUUGAGCUUAUACAAGAACUUUGCCGUCAUGUCCGAAUAUGUGUCGCCGCUGGGACUUAUCAAGCACCGAAACCAAACUGGACUGCGACCUGUCAACCAACGUAAGAUUGCCAAGGCCCUUCGCCGAGCUAUGGGACUCGGUCUGAUGCCUUCUGUGCACCGACACCCCGAGAUCUUGGUCAGCGAGAUCAGGUUAGAAUCUAUCUGGGCAGCCAGCCCCUCCACCACCCGCGGCCAGCCCACCCAGCUCUCCUCGGACUCCAAGGGUGAGCGGCUUGCAUAUGCCUCCAACAAAUCUAUCUUCUUGCGUUCAAUCGAUGAUCCCGCAAUCGCCCGCCAGUAUACCGAACACAAGGCACAGACAACUGUCGCCCGAAUCUCCCCCUCCGGCUUCUAUGUAGCCAGUGGUGACGCUGCUGGUACAGUGCGAGUGUGGGAUUGUGUCGGAGAGGGUAUUACCAAGGGCGAAUACAGCAUUGUAAACGGCCGCAUUAACGACUUAGCCUGGGAUGGCGAUUCGCAGCGCAUUAUUGCCGUGGGUGACGGCAAGCAGCGAUAUGGCCACUGUAUCACUUGGGACAGUGGAAACACUGUUGGGGAAAUCUUUGGUCACACACAGCAGAUCAACUCGGUUUCAAUCAGGCAACAGCGGCCUCUCCGAGCAGCCGCCGCCGGCGACGACAAGAAGCUUGUCUUCUACCACGGUGCGCCUUUCAAGUUCAACAUGGGAAUUGGAGACAAGCACACGAACUACAUUUACGGCGUCGGAUUCAGCCCAGACGGCUCGACUUUGGUCAGCGUGGGUGGGGACCGAAAGAUUUGGCUAUAUGAUGGCAAGACUGGAGAAACGAAAGGCCAGAUCGGAGAGGGAGAGCACAAGGGUAGCAUUUUCGGUCUCUCUUGGUCCCAGGAUUCCAAGAAAUUUGUAACUGCCAGUGCGGACCGGACUGUCAAGAUCUGGGACGUUGAAGCAGGUAAAUCCACCCAGAGCUGGACUCUUGGAGAGGACGGCGCUAUGGCUGUUCGCGAUCAGCAAGUCGGUGUUGUCUGGCCACCCGCGCGCAGUGAUAACCUGCUUAUUAGUUUGUCUCUUAGCGGAGACUUGAACUACCUGGUGGAGGGAACCCCCAAGCCACGCCAAGUGGUUCAAGGCCACCAGAAGAACAUUACAUCAAUGAGCCAAUCAAUUCAGGACGGAAAGGAGACCCUUUGGACUGGUAGCUUUGAGGGCCGAGUCUGCAGCUGGGAUGUUCCCUCGGGCUCCGCUGGAGAAAUUGAAGGAGAAGGCCACCCUGGUUACAUUUCUGGAUUGGUCCCAACUUCGGAGGGAUCUGGAAGAAUCUACAGUGUCGGCUGGGACGACACGAUCCGCUCUAUCGAUAUUGGAGCCAAGACGUAUACCGGCAGUGCCUCAAAACUCACUGGUCAGCCUAAGGGCGUCGCCGCUGGUGAUUCUACCGUGCUGGUGGGUGCUGCGGAGGCUGUCGAGAUCUUUGUUGAUGGCAAGAAGACCGGAGACUACAAGCUCAACUUCCCAGUUACCACAGUUGCAGCCCAUGGUACUGUGGCAGCGGUGGGUGGUGAGGAUGGUUCUGUUCAGAUCUGUACAGUCGCAAGCUCUAGCCUGUCUUCUCAAGCCGAAAUUAAAGCCUCCCGGAACCAGAUCUCUACGCUGGCAUUCUCCCCGGAUGCCUCACUUUUGGCAGUUGGUGAUCUGCGCGGUCGUGUUCUAGUCUACAAGGUGGCAGAUGGCAGUCUGGUAACCGACCGUUGGACUGCACACACAGCGCGAAUCACAUCUAUAUCCUGGAAUCCGGCUGGCUCACAUGUCGUGAGUGGCUCUCUGGACACCAACAUCUUUGUUUGGAGCUUGGCAAAUCCUGGCGAUUGGCUUGAACUGAAGAAUGCCCACAAAGAAGGUGUUAACGGUGUGGCUUGGAUUGAAUCAGGCUCAAAGAUCGCAUCAGCGGGUGCUGAUGCUGCUGUAAAGGUUUGGAAGGUUGAAGGACUAAAAUAA